AUGUUGGCCGCCAGAGCUCAGGCCAUCAAGCGGUUGAAGCAGCUGCACCCGUUCGUCGAGGAAGGGGUCCUGCUGUCCAAGCUGAUGGCGUACUGCUCCAAAGAGGCACACUCAUGCGUAGAGAAAUCCGCCAUGAUCUGCUUCGUCAAGCUGAGGAUCCUCGAGCCGGACGACAAGUGCUCACUCAGAGGUCCCACACUCAGAAGGGCGAUGGAGGAGGACGAAGCGAUGGGUCUGAUACCGUUCUUCGUAUCCACCACUCUCGGGACGACAUCUUGCUGCAGCUUCGACGCCCUCGCGGAGAUAGGACCUAUCUGCCGCCUCUUCUCCAAUGUAUGGCUCCACGUCGACGCCGCUUACGCGGGUAACGCUUUCAUCCUUCCCGAAAUGAAACACUUCCUCAAUGGAAUAGAGUAUGCAGACUCCUUCAACACAAACCCCAAUAAGUGGCUGCUGGUGAACUUCGACUGCUCGACGAUGUGGGUGCGGGACCGACUCAAGCUGACCUCCGCGCUGGUGGUGGACCCGCUCUACCUCCAGCACGGCUAUUCCCACUCGACCAUCGACUACCGCCACUGGGGGGUGCCGCUGAGCAGGAGGUUCCGCUCCCUCAAGCUGUGGUUCGUCAUCAGGAGCUACGGGAUCAGCGGCCUGCAGGACUACAUCAGGCACCACUGCCAGCUGGCCAAGCACUUCGAGGCUCUGGUCAGGAAGGACAACAGGUUCCUCGUCUGCAACGAGGUUAAGCUGGGCCUAGUCUGCUUCCGACUGAAGGGAACAGACAAACUCAACGAGAAGUUGUUGAGCAACAUCAACGCCAGCGGAAAGUUGCACAUGGUGCCCGCCAACGUCAACGACAGGUACACCAUCAGGUUCUGCCCGACCGCCCAGAACGCCACCGUCGAAGACGUAGAAUACGCAUGGAGCGUAAUAACUGAAUUCGCAACCGACCUGAUAGAACUACAGAUGCUCGAGAAAGAACAGGAAAACGCGGACGAAGUAUUCGAACUGGCCGACAGAAAGAAAAAGGAAGCCCUCGCCUACAAGAGAUCCUUCUUCGUCAGGAUGGUCUCCGACCCCAAGAUAUACAAUCCCAAGAUCGCGAAGUCGCUAUCCGGAGGAAGGAGGCACACAUCUCACGUCACCGACGACGACGACGACAUCGAAGCGCCGGAGAGUUCCGCUGUCGCCGUCAAUACACCAGUUGCCUCGUGGAUAAGCUGGCCACUAGCAUUUCUUUUUCAAGAAGCUGGCGCUAAUGAAUUAGCAGUGAGAUUUCGUCAUUUGGAUACUCUUGUCCGUCUACCAGCGAAGAAAGAAGGCUCUUCAUCUAGAAGGAGCUCUUGUUCACCGUCACCGGACAACAGUAAUUCUAAGUCACCUUCAAGGUCUCCGGUACUCGGCAGAAGGAAGCCGCCUAGCCCAAACUGAAGAUAGAACUAAUGCGAGUUUUUACUUCAUAAACGGGAAAAAAAAAAUGCUUUUGAGUUGGCUUUAAAGCUGAUUAAAAUAUUUAAUAAAAGGAGGUAACCUCAGCUAUACCUAAUUUUUUGUUAUCAUAUUGCCUGUUUAAAGAUAAAAGAACUG